UCGAUUAGAUCAUCUUCCGGGACGGCCGUCGUCCACCUCAGCUAUGACAUGGAUAAUGUCCCCCCUCGUCCCUACGACCCUGACAAGCCAGGGACUCGAUGGACCCGCUUCGUUUGCAUCAGCGACACCCAUUCCGUCAUCGACUUCCCUGUUCCAGAUGGCGAUAUUCUUAUACAUGCAGGAGACCUGACAACUGUAGGCAGAGUUCCAGACCUGCAGAAAACGAUCCAGUGGCUCUCACGAUUGCCACACGCUGCCAAGAUAGUGAUCGCAGGGAGUCACGAUCUCGUUCUGGACAUGGAUUGGUACGAUCAGUAUAGUUGGAAGGUUCACGGAAAAUCUCUAGAGGUAUGUUCGGGUGUCAAUGCUGUCCUGUCAACGGAAUCGGCCUUGGCAUCUUCGAGCGGAAGCAGCACGGAGGUUUCGUCGUCGUCGUCAUUUUCUUCAUCUAUCCCCAAAGAAUGGAAGCUUUUUGGAGUGCCAGGGACACCUGAAUCUGAUCCAGACCCAGGGCUAGCGUUCCACUAUGCGAAGGGUACAGACGCUGAAGAAACUUUUGCGAGAGUGCUACCUGACACGGAGAUUUUGAUUACCCAUGGACCACCAGCCAAUAUCCUGGAUACCAGUGAAGAAGGGACACAUGUGGGAUGUGAAGAAUUGUGGAAACGUGUUAAGGCGAUUAGACCUCGGUUGCACGUAUUUGGGCAUGUACACGAGGGUCGUGGAGCGCUCAUCCAUACUUGGGGUGAGGAGGGAGAUGAUGAUGCAGAAGAUGUUCAAGAGAAUCGGUGUGGGUCAAGCGAAACGAUCUUUGUCAAUGCUUCAAGUACACCUGCCGGCGCAUUGUAUUAUGAGGCCUUGAAUGACGGUCACUCCCCUGACGUUGGUGGAUACAAUUUCCAGCCAAUUAUUGUUGACCUUCUCGAC